GUCCAUCUAAUACCGAGGACGAUACAACACCAUCUAUUACCGAGGACGAUACAACAGAACAAAUAUUGAAGAAAGAGAAUUCAGCUGCUGGCAUAUUCUGUUGGCUGAAAGCCAAUGCUCAGACAUCGAAUUUGGCUUUGGAAAAAGAUGCUGUGGGAGUUGUGGCAACCCUUGCCAAGGUUGAGAGCGAUGAACUUAGCAGGAUUCUCUCUGAGUAUUUGGGAUUGGAGACCAUGCUUGCAAUUGUCUGCAGUACUAAUGAAGGUGUUAAUGCAUUAGAGAAGUACAACCCUGAAGGCACAAUAAACUGUAAUGCAGGCUUGCAUGGAAUUGGAUCUUCAAUUAAAAAGAAUGUAAAUGGCCGAUUUGCUGUCAUAUGUCUUGAAUCUUUCAGACCAUAUGUUGAAGGUUUUGUAGCCAAUGAUCCACAAAAGAAGUUGGCUAUUCCGAAGCCAAGAUUUCCAAACGAGGAGUGCCCGGCUGUGUUCAUUGAUUAUGCAGUGAACAUGCUCUAUUUAGAGUCCAAUAAUUUAUCUUUUGUUACUUCUAGUGGUCACGGUCUUAGAGAGACACUAUUUUAUGGCCUUCUCUCUGGCCUACAAGUAUACAGAACCCGAAAUGAAAUGAUGUCUGCUCUCCCAUGCAUUGAUGAAGGAGCUGUGUCAUUAGAUGGUGGAAUGAUCAAGAAAAAUGGAAUGUUUGUUCUUGGUAGUAGGAAAGAUGUAGAAGUGAAGUUUGGUAUAGUUUCGGGAAGAAGUGGUGUGGUUCCUCCAAAUUAUAGUCAAGUUGAAGAAGUGGUGAGGAGGCUGAAAUGGGAAAGCACCAAGCUUGCUGAAGACAUACAAAGAGAGCAGCAACUAUUGGACCAUUUGAAGGCCAAGUCCGCAAACAAAGUAGCUUGAAAAACUCUUGUUUAUUACAUAGAGCUGUUUAUUUGAGCUACGUGGUUGCAUAUAACCACAUCCAGUUGUGUGUGCAUUAGCAGUUAAGUUUACCGCAUGAUGAUUUUGUAUUUAGAUUCUCUUUUUGAAUGUUGUACUAACAUUUGCUAAUGAACCAACACCUGACUUUUUGACCA